UCUCUCAAAAAAACCAUAUUACAAAUUUAUUACAAACUCCUUACCAUGGCUAAUAUUCAUUUGAUUUUCCCACUUUUAUUUAUGUCUUGUUUCAUUUUCCCAUCCACCACAAAUGGAUACUCCAACGCAGUCAUAAAAGCUUGGUGCACUCAAACACCUCACCCACAACCUUGUGAAUACUUCUUAUCACAAAAUCCCAAAAUUACAUCUCCUAUCAUAAAAAAAUCCGAUUUUCUAAAAGUGUCACUAGACUUAGUCUUAGACCGUGCGUUACGUGCCCAAAUGACCACAUAUUCACUAGGUCCAAAAUGUCGCAACGAGCGCGAAAAAAACGCAUGGGCCGAUUGUGUUGAACUCUAUGAACACACAAUCAACAAAAUCAAAAGUACAGUUGAUCCAAACACUAAAUGCUCAGCUACUGAUGCUCAAACAUGGUUAAGUACAGCCUUAACAAAUCUCGAAACAUGUAAAACAGGUUUCGAAGAAUUAGGCGUUACGGAUUAUGUUAUGCCACUAAUGUCAAAUAAUGUGUCAUCUUUAAUUAGUAACGCUUUAGCUUUAAAUCAUGGUUAUUCUACUGAAAGUAGUAAUACUCAAGUUGAUGGAUUUCCAACUUGGGUAUCUCCUGGUGAUAGAAAAUUGUUGCAAUCGUCGUCGCCGGCUUCUCAGGCGAAUGUAGUGGUGGCUACUGAUGGUUCAGGGGAUUUUAAGACAGUGAAAGAAGCUGUGGAUGCUGCUGCCAAGAAUAAAGGAAGUGGGAGAUUUGUGAUAUAUGUGAAGGCUGGGAUUUAUAGUGAAAAUGUGGAGAUUGGAGAAAAGGUGAAAAAUGUUAUGUUGAUCGGAGAUGGAAUUGGAAAGACAAUUAUUACUGGAAGCAAAAGUGUUGGAGGUGGAUCCACUACCUUAAGAUCAGCCACAGUUGGUGCUUCCGGUGAUGGAUUUAUUGCUCAAGGCAUAACAAUUAGAAACACUGCUGGCCCCCAAAAGCACCAAGCAGUAGCCCUUCGAUCUGGCUCUGAUCUUUCAGUAUUUUAUCAAUGUAGCUUUGAAGGGUAUCAAGACACUCUGUAUGUUCAUUCCAAUAGGCAAUUUUACAAAGAGUGUGAUAUUUAUGGUACCGUCGAUUUUAUAUUUGGUAACGCAGCUGUUGUGUUACAAAAUUGUAACAUUUUCGCUAGAGACCCUCCGAAUAAAAUCAACACUGUGACAGCCCAAGGCCGAACUGACCCGAAUCAAAAUACUGGAAUUUCGAUUCAUAAUUGUAGAAUCACUGGAGCUGGUGCGAAAUCAGUUAGGACAUAUUUAGGAAGGCCGUGGCAAAAAUAUUCGCGCACCGUUGUAAUGAAAACAUUUCUUGAUGGGUUGAUUAAUUCUGAAGGAUGGUUACCAUGGAGUGGUAAUUUCGCGUUGAAUACGUUGUAUUAUGGAGAGUAUUUGAACACGGGACCUGGUUCAUCGACUGGAAAUCGAGUUAAUUGGGGGGGUUAUCGAGUUAUUACAAGUUCAGCUGAGGCAUCCAAAUUCACCCCUGCUAAUUUCAUUGCUGGAAAUUCAUGGAUUCCAGCUACCAAUGUGCCAUUCACUUCUGGUCUUUGAUUUGGUAUUUAUCUUAUAUUGUCUUUGUUAUUGUGGACUGUCAUAUAUACUGAUUUGAAUUGUCAAUUUGUAAGUAGCAUGGACAUAAUAAUUCAUGUUGCUCAAAUAUAGAAAUGUGUAAUUGAGUAACUACUUUGUAUU